CCUUUGGAUUCUUCCUGUUUGAAUUAGAGCUGGAUAAGUUCUUCUUGCAUCACUUCAUUAAAUAAGUAAGAAAUUUUAUCAGAAAAGUCCAAUAUUCGUUUGUUUGGGAGCGUGGAAACAUGUACAAUAGUUACCAAGAAAAAUCUCUCUCCCACUUCACACCGGGCGAUUGGCAUUCGUAUGGCAAGAACCUCGACAGUAUCACAAACAAGAUCACUUACACUGGCAAUAAUGUCCGACAGGAAGCGGCCCAACUCCGCAAUUCUGUCACCAACACUAUGUCGUGGAAACUCAAGGACACGAAUCAGAAACUGGCCGAUCGCAUCAAUGAAGUGGACCAGUGGUUUCGAAAUUUGGACCGGACGCUUCGUGAAGUGACGGAUGCAAUCGACAAACUGUCCGAGGCUAAACAAGAGGUGGAAAGAACCUUGGCUGCCAACAUACCCCUGCACGAGGCAUCCAAAGAAGUCCUCAACCUGAGAGAUCGCCGAAGAGAUAUUGAUUUAGUAGAAGAUGAAGUUUAUCACGAAGUCAAAAAGGAAGUAGAUCUCAUCCAUGAAAUUAAUGAAUCACUGCGAGAAGCAUCCCGUCAUAACUGGGAUCACUUGGUGGAACUGAAAGAGCAGCGAGACCAACUAGAGGCCGAUUUGAAGGACAAAGAACUGGCCCUCAAGAUCGAUCGUUUUCAGCUGUCCCUGAACCCAACUACUACCAACAUCAUUAGUCUAAAGCCAUGGCCUGCCGAUGCCUGUUCUGCUGGCGAGUGUCCUGUCAGCCUAGAAACCUGGCUCCAGAAUUGUUUGGAUAAGAGAACGGCAGCUGAAGACGCUAUUGCCAAGGCAACAAGAGCCACCAAUGAUUCGUGGAACAUGAUGAGGAAAUCCAACAACGAUAUCCACCAUCAGAGGGAUGCCACACAGUUCGCCUUGAGAAAAAGACGACACGAAACUCUUCAGCAACGGGACGCUCUUGCAGCCCAAAGGAAAGACUUGAAGGACGAGAUUGAGAGAUUGGAAAGGGAAAUGUUGAAUAUAGAACAAGAAGCGGAUAUCUCUCGCGGGAACUUGAAAUUGGUACAAACUCGCAUGGAGAGCAGAAAGUCGCGGCCACGCAUGGAAUUAGUGAGGGACCACCCGACUUUCGGCCUAGAGGAAGAACUGAGACACGUCGUGGAAUCAAGAGAAUAUUUGGCACAAAAGUUGAGAGAUGUCAAGAAUGUGCUGAAUAGAACACAGCAGCAUUUGCAUGAGGUAGAAGAUGAUCUUCAACGUAAAGAACGGUCUCUGGCGAUUGAGACCACCUGCAUUGAACUUCAUGAACGACCUUCCAAAUCACCCUACCAAACCGACAUCGCCUGGCUGGCGCCAAUGAACACGACCAGUACAUCACACUAUACAAACCAAUCCAUUGAUCGGGGAACCAAUCAAAGAAUCGUGGAUCGUCAUAUGCUCGAACACAGACCAAGAGCCGCUCUAGUAGAUCCAGAGUACCACUUGAUUGAUUAAAAUUAGUUGUAUUAAGUUCACAAUAUUUUUUUCAGAUAAUUAGAAGAUUAGUUUCCAGUUUGAUAAUAAAGAUAAUAAUAUUUAAUAAUUUAGGAUAAACUAUGCUGAAUGUAAUUUGACAAAUGAAAGGAAAGAAAGGAAUGGAAAAGAAAGAAAUA